CAGCAAUUCAGAGCUCCAAUCCCCAGAAUUGGACCUCUGGAAGCCGUUGCGCCGCAUGGAACAUUGAGGUGCACCUCCACUCCCCGACCGCCAUACCCUCAGCUACCGCCAUUGCGAUAAUGCGCAUAGGAGUUUGAGCCAACCGGGCUCUUUGCGCAUAUUCAACACCACCGGCGAACAUCGAGCCAUUGUUGCCCGCACCUGGCCCUCGAUAUCUCGAAGCUCCCGACCCUUGUUAUACAUAGCCCAAGUCUACAGUGGCGAGCUAGACAAUCGCCCACCAUGCAGACCACACGAGUCCUCCGCUACAAAGGCUUCUGGGGCCGAAGCAUGGACGAGCUCAAACGUCUUUCCAACAUCGCCAUAAAAAUGGAAGGUGUCACCGGCCCCCAAGGUCCCCGCGAACUCUUCGACUUCCGCACCCCCUCCUCCAUCGAAGACUGCAAAGUCAUGUCCGACGACGAAAUCGGCGGCCUCUCCACCUCCCACCUCGACUGGAUCGUCGCCCCCCCAGCCGGCUCUGUCCCCGCCUCCCAGCUCCCAUCGCCCAACGCGCCCGGCUACGCCAAAUUCUACGGAAACAUCUCCACCUACCUCCCAGCCGACCGACCAGAUAUCAAACGAACGGGGUAUGCCGCGUUUCGAACACAAGACCGGCCGCGUAAUCUCUUUACCAGAGGACUGUGGGACAUCGAUCCGUACAUCUACCUCGCAUUGCGAGUCAAAUCAGACGGGAGGAGUUACUUUGUCAAUGUGCAGACAGAAUCGAUUGUGCCGACGGAUCUACAUCAGCACAGGUUGUUUGUCAAGAAGCCCGGGGAGUGGGAGACGGUGUUGAUCAAGUGGAACAAUUUCGUCAGGACGAACCACGGGUUUGUGGUAGAGCCGCAGACGGAGAUCUUGAGGCAAAAGGUCAAGAGUAUUGGGGUGGGGUUGACGGAUAGGAUACCGGGGCCGUUUGAGCUUUGUAUUGAGAGGAUGUGGGCGACGAAUGACGAGAGCGAUGCGGAUCAGGUGGUGGAUGCUUCUGCUGCCGUUGCUGCGCCGGAACAGGAGGCGCCGGUGGUGGAGACGAAACAAGAGGGGGAUUUGAAGACGAAGAGGGGGGAGAAGGUUGCUUGGGGGAGUCGGUAGUGUGUGUUGAGAGAAGAGGGGGAUGUGAGAUGGCGAUACGAGAUGUGUAAAU